AAUGCAAGUUAACUUUUACUUCCUUGUACACACAGAUAGAGGAACUGACCGUUUUGCGGCUGGCCUUUUUGUCAACACUCUACAUCCUCUCCGCCUUCAUUUCAUAACCUUCAAAUCAUGAUCAGAUAGAAAACGAGCGCCAACGUUGCGGAGCUGAACACAGUCGAUUUCACUUGUAAGCUGCAGAGAUGGCUUCUUGGGGGCAGCAGGGCGAGAUGACGGAGUACAAGAAGAUUCUGAUCAAACGGGACAUGGAGAUGGGCGUGGUCAUGACAGUGUUUCGGCAGAAGGCAGAGCGGCUCACUGUGCAGGUCAUCAUGGAGACCCGGCAGGUGGCAUGGACACGCACCGCAGAUAAGACCGAUGGUGUCUUGGACCUGUUUGAGAUCAGAGAGGUUCGUCAAGGGAGGAACUCCAAGGACUUUCAGCGCUUUAAAGAUGGCAAGGACAAACACGAUGAAAACACCUGCUUCACAAUUUUCUACGGAUCACUGUUUGUUCUUAACACCCUCAGUCUGGGAGCUGAUUCUGCGGAAGAGGCACAAAAAUGGCUGACGGGACUAGAUCUGCUAAGGAAAGAGACACUGAUGGCUCCAACUCCAGUUCUCAUAGAGAGUUGGCUGAGGAAGCAGAUGUAUUCUGUCAAUCAGACCAAAACAAACAGCAUCUCCAUGAAGGAGCUGAAGGCUCUGCUUCCUUUGCUCAACUACAAGGUCCCCAGCUCUCGAGCUCUCAAAGACAAAUUCCAGGAAGUGGGAGCAAAGAAAGACCGCCUGGACUUUGAGCAGUUUCAUAAAUUGUACAACCAUAUAAUGUUUGAACAGAAUGAGAUCCUUGACGAGUUCAAAAAGGAAUCAUGUGCUUUUAUUCUGGGUAACACAGAUAAACCAGAUGCCUCAGCAGUUCUGCUCCAUGACUUUCAGCGGUUCCUCAUCUAUGAGCAAAAGGAAACCUGGGCCAAUGAUCUGAACCAGGUCAGAGAACUGAUGACCACCUUCAUUGACGACACCAUGAGGAAAACCAAUGAUCCAGAGUUCACCGUCAGCGAGUUCCUCAGUUUCCUGUUUUCCAAGGAGAACUCUGUGUGGGACGAGAAGUUCUCAGAGAUCAGCAACCUGGACAUGAACAACCCUCUCUCCCAUUACUGGAUCAACUCCUCACACAACACCUACCUGACAGGUGAUCAGCUUCGCAGUGAGUCGUCUACAGAGGCUUACGUACGCUGCCUGCGUCUGGGAUGCCGCUGUGUUGAAUUGGACUGCUGGGAAGGGCCUGGGGAACCAAUCAUUUACCACGGCUGGACCAGGACGACCAAGAUCAAGUUUGAGGAUGUGGUCAAAGCCAUUAACGAUCACGCUUUUGUGACUUCAGAGUACCCAGUGAUCCUGUCCAUAGAGGAGCAUUGCCCUUUAGAGCAGCAGCGUCAGAUGGCUCGUAUCUUCAGAGAUGUGUUUGGAGACAAACUGCUGACUGACCCUGUGGAACAGAUGGCUGAGCAGCUACCUUCACCUACACAGCUGAAAGGCAAGAUCAUACUCAAGCACAAGAAGCUCACUGUGGAGGGAGCAGGAAUCAGUAAAGACUUCAGGAAGGGGCAGAAACAGGGAGACCUGGAGAUGUGGGACCCUGUGGAUCAGCGGUGGAACAGGCACUACUGUGUGAUCUCUAAUGACAAGUUGUACUACGCAGAGGAGUAUGAGCAGGAGGAAGAGGAUCCCAAGAAGUUCCAGGACCUGCACAUUUCAGAGCCGUGGUUUCACGGUCGCAUGAAGGAAGGCAGGCUGAUGGCUGAGCGACUGAUCCAAGAUUACUGUGCGGAGACUGGGGGAAGAGAUGGCACCUUCUUGGUCCGAGAGAGUGAUACCUAUGUGACAGACUUCACCCUCUCGUUCUGGCGCAGUGGGAGGGUCCAGCACUGUCGUAUUCGCUCAGGCUCAGAGGGGGGGCACACUUUCUACUACCUGACGCCAAACCUACACUUUCCCAGCGUGUACUCCGUGAUCCAGCACUACAGAGACAACCCACUGCGCUGCCAAGACUUUGAGCUGCGUCUCACCGAUGCUGUACCACAGCCCAACCCACAUCUACAUGAAGGGUGGUUCUACAGUAACCUGAGCAGAGGUCAGGCGGAGGAUUACCUGCUGAGGAUUCCCAGGGAUGGAGCUUUCCUCAUCCGACAGAGAGAAGGAGAACCAGACUCCUUCGCUAUCACAUUCAGAGGAGACGGUAAGGUGAAACACUGCCGGAUCCAGAAGGAAGGCAACAUGUACCUGCUGGGCACCACUACAGAGUUUGAGAGCCUGGUGGAGCUGGUCAACUACUUUAAGAAGAAGCCGCUGUAUCGCAAGAUCAAGCUUCGUUACCCAGUCACCCCCGAGCUGGUGGACCGCUUCAGCACAGAGAAAGACUGUGCCUCUCUGUACGAGAUGAAGACAUACGUGGAACCCAAUGAGAUUGAGCCCUUACUGCCUCAAAGUACAGUUAGGGCUCUAUAUUGCUACCAGUCGAAAAGGCCAGAUGAGCUCAGCUUCACUAAAGGAGCUUUGAUACACAAUGUAACAAAGGAGAAUGACGGCUGGUGGAGGGGCGACCAUGGUGGAAAAGUGCAGCUGUUCUUUCCAUCCAACUAUGUAGAGGAAUUGAGCAACAACACCAAACCUGAGACCAAAGACCAGGACAUGGAAGACAACCCACUAGGUGAACUAUGUAAGGGUGUUGUGGACAUCUCCAAGUGCAACAUCCAGAACUUGAAGAAUGGCAAAAGCGGGAUGCCCCAUGUGCUGACCCUGCAGGACAUGGAGCAGGACAGUCUGCAGUUUGACCUGGCUGCAGGCUCUCUGGAGGAGCUGUUUGAAUGGUACCAGGUGGCCUGGGACAUUACUCAGAGAGAGAUGAGCAAGCAGUACCACAGGGAGCAAGAGAUCAGACAGCAGGAGGAAGUGGAGAAGAAGGCAGAGGUUGCCAUGGAGAUGUCUGACCUGGUGGUCUACUGUCAGCCACGCAGCAAGGAGAAGGACCGCUUUGACAGCUACACCUACAAAGAGAUCCGCUCCUUCAUGGAGAACAAGAUCCCGGGAAAGAGCCGCACCAAGGACUUCCUUCAGUACAACUGCAAGGCUCUGAGUCGGAUCUACCCGAAAGGUCAGCGCGUGGAGUCCUCCAACUACGACCCUUACCCACUGUGGGCUGUUGGCUGUCACAUGGUGGCUCUCAACUUCCAGACUGCAGAUAAAUACACCCAGUUGAACAGCGCCCUCUUCAGUCUGAAUGGACAUACUGGUUACGUGCUGCAGCCGGAGCUCAUGCGCGACGAUGGCUACAACCCUCAGCAGGAGAAGAAGAAGGUCAAGUACAACAUUGUGGUCAGGGUGAUUGCAGCCAGACACCUUCCUAAACCCGGCCGCAGCAUCGCCAGUCCAUUCGUGGAGAUCGAGCUGUGCGGACACACAGAAGAGAAGUUCAAGACCAUCGUCUAUCGUGAUAACGGUCUGAACCCAGUGUGGAAAGCCCCAGCAGAGCCUAUAGUCUUCACCGUGUACGAGCCUGAACUCACCUUCCUGCGCUUCGUCGUCAACGAGGAGGACAUGUUCUCAGACCCCAACUUCCUGGCUCAGGCCACAUAUCCUGUCAAAGGCAUCCGCUCAGGUUACCGCUCUGUUCCUCUAAAGAACGGCUACAAUGAAAACUUAGAGUUAGCCUCUUUGCUGGUCCACAUCAGCGUACAGCAAGCGGGGAGAGCUGAGGAGGAGCUGUACUCGUCCUCCAGCCAGCUGAGGAAAAAGCAGUCUGAGCUCAGCAGUGAACCUUUCCUGUAUGACACACACACCAACAUUCGUGCUGCCGCCCCUCGCCAACAGAACCACCUCACAAGAGAGGUCAGCACAAGCGAGAGACACAGGACAAGAGAAAAGAAGAUAAACAACAGUAAGUUCUACUCCUGAGGAAUCCGCAGAACCUCGCCUGUCCACGCCCUUCCUGCCUGAUCGGUGGAGAAGUGCCGACUAAAGAUCUGCUUACUAAAGGAAUUGUGAUCUGUGUAGUUAAGAGUUUUCCAUUUGUGACAUAUUAUAAUUUUUCAUUUCCAUGCCAAAAAUCCAAUGUUCCCCCAAACCGUUUUUUAUUUAUUUAAAGGUUAUAUAUAUGAAAUUCACUUGCUGCUGUAUGUCACUCUAGAGCACCAGAAUCUCACUCCACAACAGAAACAAAACUCACUAAAACCGACUUCAUUAGUCUUUCCACGGUCUUCAACAAUCACCAACGCUGGUUUAAUUGAAAUAAACCCUAAAUUCAACGAGUUAUAUGUAAAAAUUAUUAUAAAAAAUGGCUCCAAUGGCAAUAACAAGUAAGCUAACGUUAGGAUCCCUGCAUCGACCUUUCAACCAGAAAAAGCUGUAAUAUUGCUAUUCAUAUUAUCACUCACUAACAGACUCCGUAGACAGAAACAGCUGGCAUAUCAUUGUAACAUCAUAACUUCAUUCAAAGCAGGUAUGGAUCGAUACCACUUUUUCAUGUCUGAUACAAUACCAAUCCAAUACUGUCUUUUACCCUCUGAUGAAGAACUAAGCUGUUAAUAUACAUUUGUGUGGAUGCCCUUGUUUAACCUAGCCAUCUAAAAACAUCAUGCUCUAACUGUGAAAAAAAUAUUCUUCAACCUUGAAGGAAGAAAUACAUAGCCCAAAAUUUUAAGUCUUUAUGUCUAAUAGUUUUAGGCUAAAGGAUCGCAUUGGAUCAUACAUCAUUUUUUCCUCCAAUAUCUGAUCCAGUGAUUUUUGCCAGUAUCAGACCAGUAGAAGUAUCAGAUUGGAUCAGAACUGGUUUAGCCAGAAACAGCUGUAAUAUCACUAUCACUCUCUACCAGACUCCAUGGACAAAAAUGGUCAUUUUACCUCACAUAACAUCGUAACAUCCUAACUUUGUUAGUCUUUCCACUGUUCCAACAAUGACCAACUCUGGUUUAGUGGAAAUAAAGCCUUAAUUCACUGAUGUAGAUGAUAAAAACAGCAGUUUCAGUCCCUCUACUCAGGUGCACACAGAGCAGACCGGCUAUGGAAACAAACCACAGAGAGGCUGCGAUAGCAACACAGACAGAGGGAGUGUGACACCAUGAUUCCACUGUAUCUUUACAUAGAGAAUAGUUGUUUGCUGCUACAUUAAUGUUCUAAAUCUCAUAUAUAUAUAUAACCUUUAAGAAACUUAAAGUCUUAAUAUUUUCUCAGAUAUAGAAAUAUUGGAAAAUAUGAACAUACUUCUCAGGGAGUUAUUUUUCCCAAAGCCUUCUUGGAAAUUUAUACAAAACCAUUAACUUAAGCAGAACUGGGUGAGGCAGGUUGAGGGAGAGUGAGUCGUUUGACUCCUUUAUGACAGAUAAGAUGGGAGGUUGAGGUAAGAUAGGAGGUCCCCACAGACAGCCAGUGUAGUUUUAACAACCUGGAUGGGUCUGUAUUCAAACUGCAUGAUGUUAGAGAUGGGCAACACUCUUGCAUAGAUUCUAUUUAUUUUCAAUUAAAAAAGAGUGUCCACUAACUGAAGUAAUAGUACAGUAGACUGUUCUUCUGCUGAGGAGCUUGUGUUCCAUCUUUUUUGUGUCUGAUUUCAUAUGCUGAAUAGUGUAAGAGAGCAUGGGGGGGGGGGGCACCGGCGGCUGUGUGAGUCCGAUGACAUGAGUGAUGUUUUUGCUGUGUAUUUUCACAAGUGUGACAUUAUUUUCUCUGUGUGGUCAUGUGUAUCUUUUGAGUGAAGUCAGAUUGAUGAAAGCAGGUGACUCGAUCCAGUGUAAUGAAAACAUUGCAUGUAUUUAAUUGGAAGCCUGAUGAUGUUUAUAGCUUUUCUAUAAUUCCUCUGUGGCCUUCUUAUAAAUUGAGUCAAUAAAGUAUGCUUGGUGAACUAUA